AUGACCGCAUCCACAUUACCCAUUGCUACAGAAUUUAUUGGAUUAUUACCAAAGAAUGGUAUAAAACCCUAUAAAUGGAAUGUUUCUGCCGAAAAUAACUCAAAACAACGGGAACUGAUUAUCCGAUACCUUAAUCAACAUCUGAAACCAAGCCUUCCAACAAACAUUGUUAUUUACGAUGUUGCUAAUAACAAGAGUUUACUUGAUACACCGGUAACUGAAAAUUCACCGUUUCCAUUUAAGUUGCAAGAUGGAAUAUAA